AUGUCGUCCGAUCUCAGUGAUGAUGAACAAAUAGCCAUAUCAAUCGCCAAAGCAGAAGGUCAACGCUAUGCCGAUUCACAACUACCAGCUGGAAGGACACAGCCACGUCGGCAGGCCAAAAGAAAAGCUCAAGAUCAGAUACAAGAAAACUUGAUGGUGGAGAAUGUUUGGUCGGAUACUUUUACGGUCAUGAAAGAAGCUAAGAGGACCAAGAUGAUACAGCUGAGUAACAAGGGUGCAUCAAAUAUUGGAGCACUCUCUACUCAUAAUGGUAGAAGAGCUCAAGAGAAUGAUUCCGAUGUCAACGAUGAACGGAAUAAGGAAGAUGUGGAGGACGAACACCCUGUCUUGGAUAAUGAGGAUAACGAAGGUACCCAAAAUGACCAUGACCACGGGGAGAAUCCCACAACUAUUCAUCAGGACUAUGACGCUGUUCACGAUGACAACCACCGCCAACCUACUUCGACUCAACGGUUCUCUCAUCAAGUAUCGAAAGAAAGCGUCGCUGUCACCACCCAAUUACCCAUCACAGCCACACUCGAACCUCGGGAGAACCCUCUCGAGAACGAUACCCCCAAUUUACAGGAAGAUAAAGCAGAUGCUCCCAUUCUAGAGGAGGAUCUAGCCGAAAAUGAGGAUCCAGUCACCGAAGUGGGGAUGGAUCCUGAUGAUAAAGCAGUCCUUCGGAAGGGGCCUGAGGAUUACGAAGAUCUGUUUGUGUAUGGAAUCGGUAUCGCCAGGCAAGAUCACAGUUCAGAAUUCUGUGCGAUCUGCCUAAGUCCUAUCGAGGAAGCAAUCAAUCUGGCUAUCAUCCAAAAACAGAAUCCAGACCUGGCAAUUUGGUAUUGUCCUCUUGAACGGUGUAAUACUAGCUUCUGUGUCGGAUGCGUAGCUGAAUCUGUGAUGACCACCCGACAUAUCCACCAUGGUUUCACCAGCGAGUCCACAAUAAGUAGCCCAUCCCCGUAUCGAACAUUAAAACGAAAUCCGAAAUGUCCCUGCUGCAGAAGGAAUUGGUCUGCCAUAGAUGUCAUGAAACACGCAUCAUCUUACGAUCCUAUCACGUUCUACGAAUUCGGGGACUUCAGCAAGAUUAAGCCAUGA